GUAAGGGACCGGGCGGAGCUGAGGAGCCGUGCGAGGGGUCGGCCCGUGACUCCCUCAAGCGGAAACCGUCGCCUUUCGGGCCGGGCGGGGCCUGCGACGACGCAGAAUCCGGGGCCGCGGGGACGCCAGGGUGCGCUGCGCGUAGGAACCGCCGGGCGGCCGCCGCCGAUCCGAGCCGGCUCGGGGACGGACCGGAAGUGCCCGAGGGCGGCCGCGCGGAGGGAAGGGUCAGCGGGGACGCCGCGCUCCGCGGGGGAGCUUCGGCGCGUCCGAGCUGCGUGUGCGCAGAGCCCUCCCUGCGGGUUCCGGCGGCGGAGGGAGAACCCGGCCCGCCGCCCCGGCCGCGGCCCGCCCGGGACCGCUCGGAGGCGCCGCCGCCCGGGCUCAGCAGGGACCCGCGUUCCGGCUCCGCCGCGCGGACCAUGCUGCUGGGGCGCCUGGCUUCCCCGCUGUUGAGGGCCGUUCCGUGGGCAGGCUGCCGCCGGCUCGCGCCCGGCUCCGGGGUGCUGGGCGGCCGGGCCUGCGGGCGCCUCUACGGCACGCAGCCCGCCGGCCCGGGCGGGGCGGCCUCGCUCCCUCGCAGGGGGGCCCCGCUGGCGCUGGAGGAGGUGCUGGUCCCCAGGAAGAUGUCCAUCAGCCCCCUGGAGAGCUGGCUUACGGCCCGCUGCCUCCUGCCCGGACUGGAGGCCGCACCCCGGCCCCACGAGUGUCCGCCCUGCCACGCAGGGGAAGGGGCCGAGCGGGGGGACGAGGGGGUCGGGGAAGCGCCCCCGAUGCAUUGCAAAAACGUGCUGAAGAUCCGCCGGCGGAAGAUGAACCACCAUAAGUACCGGAAGCUGGUGAAGAGGACGCGGUUCCUGCGGCGGAGGAUCCGGGAAGGACGCCUGAAACGGAAGCAGCUCAAGUUCGAGAGAGACCUGAGGCGCAUCUGGCUGAAGGCGGGGCUGAAGGAAGCCCCUGAAGGCUGGCAGACGCCCAAGAUCUACCAGCGGGGCAGAUGAGUCUGGCACCGCCCCCCACCCCCCGCGCCUCUGCUCUCAUCCGCAGUAAUAAAUGCUCGGACCACUCAGCCGUC